AUGGCAGCGCUCAUGCUCGGACAGCAGGUUCGUCAGUUCAGCAUUUCUGCUGCCAGACCAGUGUCAAAACUUGUCAGGCCACCCAUUCAAGUCUAUGGAGUGGAAGGGCGCUAUGCCACCGCUCUGUUCUCUGCUGCCAGCAAGCAGAACAAACUGGACCAAGUGGAGCAGGAGCUGGGAAAAGUUCAUACCAUGAUCAAGGACCCACAACUGUCAAGUAUUGUCAUGAACCCUCAUGUGAAGCGCAGCCUCAAACAGAAGACUUUUAAUGACGCUUUGACGAAGGCAAAGUGUUCUCAAAUCACAAUGAACCUCAUCAAUGUCUUGUCUGAAAAUCGUCGCCUGACUCUGACUGGCGAGGUCAUCACUGCUUUUGGUAAAAUGAUGAGUGCACACCGUGGAGAGGUCAUCUGCUCCGUCACAACUGCACAGCCCCUGGAUGAAGCUAAUCUGGCUGAACUGAAAGUUGCCCUGAAAGGUUUUCUUAAGAAAGGUGAAACCAUCAAGCUUGAAACAAAGUCGGAUCCUGCAAUCCUUGGAGGCAUGAUUGUCAGUAUCGGGGACAAUGGCCGGCGUAAGAAUGGACAGAAACAUGGCAACAUGAAUCAGUCUUACAGACCGGCUUUUAGGGCAGGCUCUGUCUUUGGCCCAGGUCAGGCUGAGCUGAGGCCACACAAUGGUUUGAUGAGCAGCUCAUAUGUAAACCCGUGCAGCCUUGUGAAGCGUGGGUCCGACACACCGACAGGGCAGCUGCCCUCAGCAGGCCAAGGCCUCAAACAGUCCAGUGCACUGAGCUACAAUCAGUUCAACAGUUCCCACUGCUACAGCCCUCUGAGGCUGCCAGAUCUGCCCCACAGAACUCAGCUGCACUGUGCCAGCCCCAUCAGUGAUGAGGAUGAGUUUGAGGCGCCCUCUGUACAGUUGCCUCCCUCUCCAGACAUCCAGGAUUUUGGCUCUUUUGAAAGCCUUCAGGACGUACGGAGAAAGGGGUUUUCUAACAGUCCCCACAGUUUGGAGCCCUGCUCCCCCAUCUCCACUGGGUACCUACAUUUCGGAUCCACUCUUUUUGACAGCAGUGAUUUUAAAGAGGACGAGUUGGAAGACCACACCAAUGAGGACUUCACACCGUUCUGUUUUUCCCCAAAGUUAUCAGAAGAAUGUCCUGUUGUCGACUCCAGAAACACAUGCAGCUCUGCAGCAGACAAACGGACAUUUAAACCCAUUUUUAACCUGAUGUCCAAAACUAUAUCUGAACUCAACCCCACACUAAGCCCCAGUGCAUUACCGGAAAUUAUUAUAAGGGAUGGGUGGAGUGUGGACAAAGAGUCUGCAUUUGGAAACGUAAGCUCGCCGCCUCAGGAGAGCCCUGCCGGUUUAUCAAAAACAAAUUUAAAUCCUAAUAGUCCCAAAAAAGAGUCCUGUCCUUCAGACGAGUUAUUGGAGGGAGAUAUUGUGUGGGCCAAGUUCAACAAAAGGCCCUGGUGGCCGUGCCAAAUCAUCCGCCAUCCCGUCCAGGGAGUCCACACCAAGAUGAAGGUUCCCAGCUCUCGUUCUUGUCGAUUGUACUAUCUGCAGACAAUUGAAGAAACUGAAGAAUCAGCUUGGAUCCCGGAGAAUGUUGUUGUCCCCUUUGAAAGUGGUCAUCAAUUUGAAGAUAGCCUGGUCCUCAAAAGAAAAGGAAAACAGAAGGAGAAAGACUUCAAGUAUAAGAUACCCAAACUCUAUCAAAGUGUGUGGGAAAUCAGUGUGUCUAAAGCUGAAGACCUGCUUCAUGGGGAAAAACCCAAAAUCGAAAGUGUUCCGAGGGCGAGAAAACCAGACAAGACCAAAAUCCGUAAUGGUUUACGGAAAGAUUCGAAGGCUCCAAGCGACACAGACGAGCCGAUUCUGCCACACGUCGAAGUGAAGAGCGAAAAUGUCACUUCCGAGAUAUCCCCCUCCUCUCCUCCUCUGUCACCCAUGGAUGCAUUUCAGAACGUCAAAGAGCUCAAGUUUAAAUCCAUCGUGAAGGAAGAGGAAAAGGACCCGGACGAGAGCGCGUUCCGAACCGAGCCGAAUUAUCAGUUCAGUACUUUUCUAAUGCUCCUUAAAGACAUUCACGACACCAGAGCAAAAGAGGGCAAACCACUGUCUCUUCCAACGUCUCCAGUUGCCAUUCAAGAGGAGCCCACGGCGAUGACCACGGCUGAGGUGAAGAGUGAAGUUUCCACGCCAAAUGCAAUAACUACUGAGAAAGAAAGUGACCAGAGUUUGCCAGUUGAAAAUAUUGCCAAAGCAGACGCAGCUAAAAGCGAAGAUGCCCCCGUUCAUUCAGAAGGCACGGACAAACAGCGGAGAAAGCAAAAACUGCCCGCAAAGCUGACCGUCAGCCUGCCCCGCCUCUCCCCGCAUCUCACCAACAUGGCCUUUGGGACACUGGUGAAAAGUAGCGAGCAAUUAGAAAAGCGAAACAGUGAAACAUCAGAUGAAAAAUCCUCAAACGCGAGCAGUGGGGAAGCUAUCGUGGCUAAAAUGAACGGAACGCACACUGAUUUGGAUGUACAAGAAGAUGUCGUAGAUACAAGACAAUCUGGUCCGGCAAAAAAGCAGCUCCGAAAGUCCAGCAAAAGGCUCAUGGUGAAUUCUGAACAAACAGAUGAAUCCAAUAGGAAAGCAAAAAGGAAAAUAUUAGAGAACGUGGAAUCUGAACCACGUGCGGAUGUGUCUCCUGUUGAAACUCCCAAAACGCCGCGUUCACAAACCUCAGAGGACGCUGAGACAACAGCUGAAUACGAUCUACCUCCUGAAUGUGGGCCUGCACAGAAAUAUAGAAAAAGGCCCAGGAAAGUCACACACCAAGUUCUGGACUGUACCAUAGAGGAAGUGUCUGCCACUUCAGUGCAAAAGCAGGUUAAAACUGUGAAGAAGACACAACCUUUGCUCAGAACAAACCAAAAAUCAAAGAGUGAGGAGAGUAAAAGCACUGUACAGGAGACCAGCGUGAGCUCCCAGGCCGCGAAACCAAAAUCAGAGCCAGAGACCGACAGCAACGAAGAAGAAAUGACAAUGAGCUUUGAUUCAGCUUGUAAAGAUGAGGUGUUGAAUGAUAGUAUGUCCUCUCAGGUAGAUGGAAAAAUCAAAGUAGGAGGAGCAUCUUUGAAAGAGAAUGUCUGCCAGAUCUGUGAGGAGCCUGGGGACCUGCUGAAUUGUGAUGGCCACUGUUAUGGAGCAUUUCAUCUCCAGUGCAUCGGACUGUCCGCCGCUCCCAAGGAUAAAUUUGUCUGCGGGGAAUGCAAAACUGGGGUCCACGCUUGCUUUGUGUGCAAAAGUUCCGGUGAGGGAGUGAAGCGAUGCAUGAAGCCGCUGUGUGGGAAGUUCUACCACUCAGACUGUAUCACCACCUUCUCAGCCACGCAGCCCAAUAACAAGGGCCUCCGCUGCCCCCUCCACGUCUGUCUGUCCUGCCACAUCACCAACCCUCUCAACUCCGCCAACUCCAAAGGUCGACUACUGAAAUGUGUGCGCUGCCCUGUGGCCUAUCACGCCAAUGACAACUGCAUGGCUGCUGGGAGCCUCAUGUUGGCCAACAACAGCCUCCUCUGCCCAAACCACUUCACUCCUCGCAAAGGAAACAAGAACCACGAACACAUCAAUGUGAGCUGGUGCUUUGUCUGCUCUGAAGGAGGCAGUCUUCUGUGCUGUGAAUCAUGUCCCGCUGCUUUCCACCAAGAGUGUUUGAACAUCGAGAUGCCCCAGGGAAGCUGGUUCUGCAACGACUGUAAAGCAGGGAAAAGACCCCGAAUCAAAGACAUCCUGUGGGUCAAAUGGGGGCGCUACAGAUGGUGGCCCGCUGAAGUCUGCCUCACCAAAGACGUUCCAAAUAAUAUCUUGAAAAUGAAGCAUGACGUGGGGGAGUUCCCGGUGCAGUUCUUUGGCUCCAGAGACUUUGUGUGGACGUACCAGGCCCGCGUGUUCCCCUACAUGGAAGGGGACACGCACAACAUCGAGGAAAUGGGCAAAGGGGCUGAUGCUGUCUAUAAAUCUGCUCUUUCAGACGCAGCCGAAAGAUUCAAAGAACUUCAAGCAGCAAAGGAAAUGAAACAACUGCAAGAGGUCAGAAAGAAUGACAAGAAACCGCCUCCUUAUAAACUCAUAAAGGCCAACAAGGCGAUCGGUAAAGUCCAGAUAAUCACCGCUGACCUGUCGGAGAUACCGCGGUGUAACUGCAAGGCUUCGGAUGAGAACGCGUGCGGCCCGGACUCGGAGUGCAUCAACCGCAUGCUGCUGUACGAGUGCCAUCCUCAGGUCUGUGCGGCCGCAGACAAGUGCCAGAACCAGGCCUUCACCAAACGAGAGUACAGUCAAGUGGAAAUAUUCAGGACGCUCUCUCGCGGCUGGGGUCUGCGGGCCGUGUCGGACAUUAAAAAGGGAGCCUUUGUGAGUGAAUAUGUGGGGGAGAUGAUCGAUGAGGAGGAGUGCAGGGCGCGGAUCAGACACGCUCAAGAGAACGAUAUCUGCAACUUCUACAUGCUUACACUGGACAAGGAUAGAGUCAUCGAUGCAGGGCCCAAAGGAAAUGAGGCCCGCUUCAUGAACCACAGCUGUCAGCCCAACUGUGAGACUCAGAAGUGGACUGUGAACGGAGACACCAGGGUGGGGCUAUUUGCACUUCAAGAUAUUCCAAAAGAUGUGGAGUUGACUUUUAACUAUAACUUGGAAUGUCUCGGCAAUGGAAAAACUGUCUGUAAAUGUGGAGCACCAAACUGUAGUGGUUUCCUCGGCGUUCGUCCUAAAAAUCAACCGUCAGCUGAAAAGGAAGGAAAGAAGAGGGCGUACAUGAAGAAAAAGAAGAAACAGGAGGUGAAGAAGGAGAGGGAAGACGACUGCUUCAGCUGUGGCGAUGGGGGGCAGUUGGUGUCCUGUAAGAGACCGGGCUGUCCCAAAGUCUACCACGCAGACUGCCUCAACCUGGCCAAGAGACCUGCAGGGCGAUGGGAGUGUCCGUGGCACCAGUGCGACCUCUGCGGCAAAGAAGCCUCCUCAUACUGUGAAAUGUGCCCCAGCUCCUACUGCAAGCCCCACAGCGCGGGUAUGCUCUUCGCCUCCAAACUGGACGGCAAGCUGUCCUGCAACGAGCACGACCCCUGCGGACCCGACCCCCUCGAGCCGGGGGAAAUCCGAGAGUACGUCCCCAACGCAGGCCAGACUUUACCAGCCCCAAACUUGAAUAAAGCCACGCCGCACUCCGAGGGAAAAAUAUACGUCCAGUCCGAGCACGUGCCUCCACCGCGGCUGUACAUCAACACAAAAACAGCUACCUCCAGCUUCGUCCCCAGCAGCAAAGCCUACCUCACAGACGGAACAGGGGGAGGGUCGAGCUCCAGAGACCAGGACGGAGAGCUGGAGGACGGAGAAGUGUGCAGUUUUGAAGUGGAGGAGAUGGAGGAUGAUGAGGAUGACUGUGAAGAGGAUGACUCAGGGGAGGAGGACGACGAUGAGGAGGAGGAGGAGGGGGUGGAAAUAAUAUUGAACGAGGGGGACGACUGUGAAGAAGCCUUCACCACUUGGACGGUCGGUGAUGACGAGGACGAAGAUGAUGAAGUCCAUGAGGAUGACGAGGUGGAGGUCUGGGAAUCAGAUGAAUAA